CAACAUCCCGACUCUCCGGCUCGAAUGCUUCCAAACUCACCCGAGCCGUUUUCACCCCCUUCAAUCGAACCACCUCUACCCACCACCUUUCACAAUGACUGCCGCCUGGAAAGCCGCCGGUUUGACCUACAACCGCUACUUGGCCAUUGCCGCCCGUGCCGUGCGCCGGUCUCUCAAGGAGACUCCCCGCCUGAACGCCGAGCGCCGCGGUCAGAUGGACCUCCGUUUCGCCAAGUGGACUGACGGCAAGCAGGGUGACGUUCAGUCGCUCGCCAAGGCCAACACCGAAGCCAUUGCUGCCCAGGCCGAGAAAUAGACGAAAAGCGCCAUACCCCGAGCGAUGCAGUCAACAUGAACGAAUCAUGUUGGGAGAUGUGACGGACCCGGGCGUGGAACGGACACGAGCGAGGAUUUGGACCUCCCGGGGAAGCAUUGAACUUUUUGUACAUGUGUAGCAAUACAGGUCUGUCUGGAACGGACAGACCUCAGAAAUCGCACUCGUCUUUCGUAUUACAAACAA